AUGUGGUUUCCCAACUCUGAUGCUAAGAAACUGUCAAUUGCUGUCAAUCGUGUUUUCGCAAUUGUUAAUGUGAUUAUUUACGAUUUAUUAUUUGUAUGUAUUUAAUAUUUACAUAAUUGUGGAUUAAUUAUAAUAAAGAGGAGGAUUAAAUAAACGGCCUCAAGAUGAUGAUGGAUUAUUUUGUCACGAAUAAUUCCCUGGCUCCAGCUCCAAUGGGAAUACAGAGUACAGCUGGAGCUGUUCCUGUUAAAAAUGAUAAAGGAGAGUUGUCUAUGAAAAAAGUAAAAGUCCAUCGCUACGUAUCCGGUAAACGUCCCGAUUACGCUCCAGCGGCAAGUUCCGAUGAAGAAUCAGAGGAAGACGAUUUCCUCGAGAAGCGAGUUUACAAAACCUACGAGGAAGCCGAGGGCAGUGCAGAAAUUGUCGAACCACCGCGCAGUAAAAUUGGCGACGAGGACGAUCCCCGUCUACGUCGUUUAACACGUUUAAAUAAACAAAAGGAGGCCGACACCGAAAUUCGUGCCGAACGCCAUAGACACGUCUACGAGCCCGAGGUCCUCGAAACAGUUCCCGAUCGUCUACGCGAGAGAAUAAAACUCGAGAGUUCAGAUUCUUCCGAAGAUGAAGAAUUAUCCGAUACAGAAAUUGAGAAACGUCGCGAGGAACUCAAGAAACGUGUUAUGUCCAAAAAAGAUGCCGACGAGGAUCUAAUACAAGAAGAGGAUGAGGAGAAAUCAGGCGACAGUUCAGAGGAGACCUCCGAAUAUGAGGAAUACACCGAUUCAGAGGAGGAAACCGGUCCCAGAUUGAAGCCAAUUUUCGUCAGCAAAAAGGAUCGUAUCACAGUGAUGGAGAAGGAAAAGGAGAUAUUCAAGCAGAAACAAGCGGAAGCAGAGGCGAAAAAAAUGGCCGAGGAGAGACGAAAGCAAACAUUGAGAAUUGUCGAGGAUAUCGUUCGCAAGGACACGCAAGUCAGUAAAGUGAAUAGCGAUAUUGACAGUAAACUCGAGGACGUUUGUACCGACGAUGAGAAUGAUGAGGCCGAAUACGAGGCGUGGAAAUUGCGUGAAUUAAAGCGAAUUAAACGCGAUCGUGAGGAGCGCGAACAAAUGGAGAAGGAGCGUUUGGAAGUUGAACAACUUCGUACAAUGACUGAGGAGGAACGUCGACAAGAGGCGCGUCUCAAUCCACGAACAAUCACAAAUAAGGCGGCGAAAGGAAAGUACAAAUUUUUACAAAAAUACUAUCAUCGCGGUGCAUUUUAUCUCGAUAAGGACGAUGCCAUUUUCAAGAGGGACUUUUCCGGUGCCACAUUGGAGGAUCACUUUGACAAGACGGUGUUGCCGAAAGUUAUGCAAGUCAAGAACUUUGGUCGCAGUGGUCGUACGAAAUACACGCAUCUUGUCGAUCAAGACACAACACAAUUUGAUUCGCCAUGGAUUUCGGAAACUGCUCAGAAUUUGAAAUUCCAUAAUUAUCAAGCGGCGGGAAUAAAGCAGGUGUUUGAUCGUCCAUCAUUGAAGAAACGGAAAAAUGAAUAAAAAAAAUAUAUAUUGUGAAGGGUAAAUUUUUCUUACUUUUAAUAUUUCAUUUAAAUUAGAGGAUAGAUUUUUGAUCUUAAUUUAAGUUAAACAAAUAUUAAUGAAUUAUUGCAAAUAAAAACGAAAUAAAAUCUUAAA